CAAAAGCAAAGUGUGUUUGCUUCCUGUGAGCCGUUGUUCUUUCUCGGUUUCUUUUCUAGUUUUUUAAGAGCGAGUGGCCUUGGCGGCGACGGUUUGCGUUAAGCGCCGCGGAGGUGAGGGAGGCUCGCCUCCCGCGCUCUGGUAGCUCUGCGACCUCCCUGCUUUACAGACUGGACUUGACUGCUAAAGGGCCUUGAGUACCUGAGAGUCUCCAUUGGAAUCUGCUUGGGAAGCAAGAACAGACUAUUCCAUCAUGGAUGGAGGGGAUGAUGGUAACCUUGUCAUCAAAAAGAGGUUUGUGUCUGAGGCAGAACUAGAUGAGCGGCGUAAAAAGAGGCAAGAAGAAUGGGAGAGAGUUCGAAAACCAGAAGAUCCAGAAGAAUGUCCAGAGGAGGCGUAUGACCCUAGGUCUCUGUAUGAACGGCUGCAGGAACAGAAAGACAGGAAGCAGCAGGAAUAUGAGGAGCAGUUCAAAUUCAAAAACAUGGUAAGAGGGUUAGAUGAAGAUGAGACCAACUUCCUUGAUGAGGUUUCUCGACAGCAGGAGCUGAUAGAGAAGCAGCGACGAGAAGAAGAACUGGAGGAACUGAAGGAGUACAGAAGUAAUCUCAACAAGGUUGGAAUUUCUACAGAAAAUAAGGAAGUGGAGAAGAAGAUGACUGUGAAACCCAUAGAAACCAAGAACAAGUUCUCGCAGGCAAAGCUGUUGGCAGGAGCUGUGAAGCAUAAGAGCUCAGAGAGUGGCAAUAGUGUGAAAAGACUGAAACCAGAUCCUGACCCAGAGGACAAGGCUCAAGAGGCCCCAUCCUGCAUGUCUCUUGGAAGCUCUUCUCUGAGUGGACCUCCCUCCAUCCACUGCCCGUCUGCUGCUGUAUGCAUCGGCAUCCUUCCCGGCUUGGGUGCCUACUCUGGGAGCAGUGACUCCGAAUCCAGUUCAGACAGCGAAGGCACUAUCAAUGCUACGGGGAAGAUUGUCUCCUCCAUCUUCCGAACCAACACCUUCCUUGAGGCACCCUAGCUCCUGACAUUACCACAGGGAGCAUCUCCUCAGAGGGUUAGAUGCCAGUUCUGCCUUGGCGUCACCUCCCUCAAAAAACUUACUUACCUGCUUCCUGUGCACAUGUGACAUUUUAACUUAACUCAGAAAUGUGUCACGGUCCACUUGUGGCUCAAACUCAGCUUGAUUUCUCUAUACUGCAGUGCAGAUGACCAAACCUAUCCUGUUGAUAUGAGGAGUCAGGGUUCAGGCUAAUCUCAGAAAUGUCACUGACAGGGCAAGGACAGGCACCAGAUGGCUUGCAAGGGUUCGG